CCUGCGGAAAAAUACUUUGGGCUUUGAUGGGCCCGUGGUUUUUCCUCGUUCAGUCGGUUGUGUUUUAUCGUAUUUUCCCCUGAAUUCUUGUUGUGUAAAGGAAAAAAACAAACAAAAAAAAACCAUUGUAGAAGCAGAUGCGGCGGUUUGUGAAUUUGGUGGUGGACAACGCCGGCGGCGGCGGCGCGACGGCGUACAAGCUGUACCGUGUCGCUGCAUCGGCCCUCUUUUCAUCUCCACCACGUCGGCAAGCAGCCAACGUACUCGAUCCGGAUGACGUGGAGGACGCCGCCGGCGGCCUGCCUCCUCCGGCCAUCACCUUCCACCCCUCCUCAUUGUCCGUCGGCCCUGGCAACGUCGAUUUCUUGCGCCUCUCCGGCGACGACAGCCUUCUCGCCCUCGACGUCGACGGCCGCGGUCUGCUCUACAACGCCGCCUCCGCCGCCGUCCGCUACAUGCCCGACCCGUGCAAGCCCAAGAUGGAGCCAAUCUCCUUCACCACCGCCGGCGAUAGCUGCCUCUACGUCAUCGAGAGGGUGCCCUUCUCCGGUAACCCCGGCUGCUUCGAGGCUCUCACCUACGGCCUACUCCCCGACGACGACGACUCACUGUCCUCCAGGAUGGGCUGGUACUGGCGGUCUCUUCCGCCGCCUCCUUUCGCCAAGGUUGGCUACGACGGCGACAUCCACCGCCACCGCCAUCGCCGAGAGUACGACAUCACCGCCUCCGCGGUGGUGAACGAGACGGAGCUGUGGGUGACGGCGCACGGAGCCGGGACCUUCUCGUUCGACACGCAGGCUGGGGAGUGGAGGGCGCGCGGCGAAUGGCGGAUGCCGUUCAUGGGGCGCGGCGAGUACGUGGAGGAGCACGGCGGAUGGUUCGGGCUCUCCUCCACGCCGGUGAAGGGGCUGCACCUCUGCUCCUGCCGUCUCUGUUCCUACGAUGUGCCGGUGGUCAGGCGCUGGUUGGAUGGCCUAGACCGGCUGCCGGCGGCGGCGCCGCCCAAGCGAUCGUUUCUGAUGGAGGCCUACGCCGUGCACCUCGGCUCCGGUAGGUUCUGCAUCGCCAGGUUCAUGGAAGAGGAGGAGGAGGAGAAGGACAACAUCUCACUUCAUCCAUUCUUCCGCGUCGCCGGCGAAAAAAGCAAGAACGACAGGUUCUUGCUUCUCACCGGCGUUGAUGUGGUGGGCAGUGACGGCGCCGCCGUCGUCGUGCACAAAUCUAUACGCUACAAAUUCCAAAACGGCGAUUUCGUUUGUGGUUACUCUCGACUCUUUUAAUUUACUUACACCUCUCUCCGGUAAAACUACCCAGUAUAUUUCCCUUUUCCUUUUCAUUUCGAGCGAGAUUACAAUAAUAAUCUUCUUCGUUUGUAAUAGAGUAAUAAUCGAAAUGCUGUAUAUGCUCCAUUCGGCCUUUCGUUUAUAUUACCAA